AUGGGUGCGACGAUUUCCACUUGUUGGGAAGCUUUACCCUCUACUGGGGAGCUCCUCCCUCCAACUCCGGCUGUCUAUACAUCAAUUAUAUGCUGCUUCCAAUACUUCCCCCUGAUCACGGUGGUUCAAUGGAUUCUAUCCUGGCAUCCAGCAGGGAAAACCUCCUCGCAGUCCAUCUUCAACAUUCCAGGACGUAUCGCCUGGUCUGCCAUGGAAAUUGUCGGCCCUAUCAACUUGAUAUAUUGCAUGGUCACCCCAUCACCAUAUGCACCCUCAUUCACUGAUCUCCCUAUGUCAAAUAUCCUCAUUGUAACUCUGUACUGCACCCACUAUCUCAACCGUGCUAUCAUCUCCCCUUUCUUCUCCGCCCCCAGCAUGUCCCCAAUCCACGUUGCCAUCAUGUCCUCCGCCAUGCUCUUCAAUUGGUUCAACUCGGCCUGUCUGGCCGGCUGGCUGCGUGGAUAUACAGUGCCAACUAUCCCAAGCUUCCACGCAGCUAGCAGUGGAAGUCCGACUCGCUCUGCGGUGAUAGAUUUCCUCCCCACCGUGGGCGUGAUCUUAUUUGCCAUCGGAAUGGCCGGCAACAUCUACUCGGAGACAGCGCUAUUCCGACUCAGACGUGAAGAAGCCGAAAAGCGCACUGCCAAGAAGACAGACGACGAAACUCCAGCGGCACAAGGCAGCGGAAACAAGUACCACAAAGUCUACGUCAUCCCACCUUCCCGUGGUGUCUUCCGAUACAUCUUAUAUCCGCAUUACGUCUUUGAAUGGCUUGAGUGGAUUGGUUUUGCUCUGGCUGGUACGGCAGUUGCCCCGUCCUCCGCCCUACCUAUCUCCGUUUCGGCAUCUUCUGUGGGGAUCGCUCCACCGCUGCGUCUUGCGCCUUGGUUGGUGCCUGCGGCGUGGGCGGUUGGCAAGCUCGCUGUGCCGCUGCCUUUGCCCGCUGUGAUCUUUGUUGUCAAUGCGGUUACGAAUAUGUUGCCCCAUGCGCGCUGGGGACGGAAGUGGUAUGUUGAGAAGUUUGGGGAGAAGGCUGUUGCUGGAAGGGGCGCUGUUGUCCCUGGUUGUGCGUGGAUGUGA